ACACGUGCCGGAGUAGAUUCAAAAGAUUCGUGCCAUAAUCAUCAUCAUCAUUUUUGGUUGUCUCUGCGAGCACCCGUGGUGCUCAGUCCAUACACGCAGAUCCCCCAUACGUAAUCAUUGCAUACGAGGUGCUUGGAUAUGCACGCCAAAGUUUUGUUGAGUUGACCAAGGUUGCUCGACAACUUUAGUGAUAUUUACAUAUUUUAUUCAAAAUACUACAUACUGAACAUACAUACUACAUACAUGAUGAUGAUAUGAGAUAUUACAUGAAAUGAUAAUUAGUUGACCCACGAUUGUUUGACAAUUUCUCAAUUUAUUAAAAGACCAAGCGUUACUUUGAUACUAAAAGUUAAGCAAUCGUGGUGUUGACACUGUAUUGACACACCGAAGUACUUUGCCAAUUAUGUUUAGAAUAACGACCGUAAAGUAUGUAAUUGCGACCGUAAUUGGCAAAGUACUUCGACGUGUCAAAUAAUUCAUUUAAUUUCUAUGAAAGAUUUAGCGUUUGAGAUUCAUCGUGACAUAAUUGGCUACAUGGUGGCGUCCAGUUUAAUCACGUUUGGCAAAAUAAGAUCAUGGCUUAUUUUUGCAAAAUGUGAAUGAGGUGGAUGGGAACAUGUAGCUAAUUAUGGCGUAGAUGUACCGCUUACAUAUAUGCAGACUUUCCAUUUAGGGAUUUUUUAUAAUUAUUUGAUACUUUGUGAUACUAACAAAUAAAUAAAUAUGUAAAUAAUUAUACUACUAGUUUUAGAAUAGUGUGCAGAGUAUUGCGAAAAAAAUUGUUGCCAAUAAGUGGGUUAAUUUUGCCAUUGCGGUACAAUAAUCUCGUGGUUUGUACGACUUCCGGUACAAUUAAGACUGAAUAAAAUUAAGCUUUAGUACCAGUUUUUUUCCUGGGUGGACAAAUUUUGUAUACAAUUAGUCAUAUUGUUUAAAGAAAAUAAUGGGAUAAUUUCAUAACUUUGAGAAAAAAGUUGUUCAUAAAAUUAAAACUGAAUAAAAUCAAGUUUUACUCCUAGUUUUUGUCAGUGUGGAUAAAUUUUUUGUAAAAAAAAAUAGUCAUAUUUUAAAAAACAAUGGGAAAAUUUAUUGGAAAAAAGGUUCAUAUUUUCAUCGCCUUGCUAUUAUUUUCUUGUCAAUUAAUUCAAACGAGUAGUCGACAAAGUGGUGAAAGUCGGGAUGACGAUGACGGUGUCCUCCUGUCAAGUAAUGAUUCCAGUGUGGACGAAUUAACUUAUUCGUCACAUCCGGACAUUCCAACUUUUGAAUUUAGAACGUGUUGCCCAUUUCAACACUCUUUUGACCCUAGUGGUCCAAGUCUUGGGCGACGAGAAUGUCAGAAUCCGAGGCAUUUUCGCCCAUUUGAGAGAUAUCCGGGCGUAAUUCUAAAUAGGCCCGCAAGUGAGCGUGAUUCUCAUCACCUGAAGUGGUGUAGGGAUGGAGAGAUUCAAGUGAGGAGAAAGUUGGUCAUGGACGCGCAGCAACUAAUUUUCCAAAUCUACAACUAUCCAAACGGACAGGUCAACAUUGAGGAACGAAUUUAUGAGAGGGAUGAAUACUGCGUGGAUUCCAUUAAAAGCGUCCGUACCGGUAUUUCCUAUCAAUUUCUACUCGAUGUUUUCCACUGCAAAUUGAACUGUUCAGAAGAUAAGCCUUGUAUCAAGAAAUGCUGCGAUUUUGACGAAUCCUUGAAUUCCAACUUUACCUGCGAAUCAGACAAGAGCCAGAAAUCGACGACGAGUCUCCUCCUACGACUCGGACGAGGAAGCGAUAACCUUAACGAAUUGUUAAGCGACAACCAUCCCAGACUUAUCGUCAACAGUAUCAAUUUUCUGUCCACUUGUGAACCAAUCGAUUUAAAACUUACGAGUGAAAUUAAACUGCUGCGCAAUGGAAACGUCCAAGUUCGCUAUGAUGCCUCCUCCCUCGUGGAGCUGGGGGAUUAUUGUGUCGACAUUUAUAAGGACAAACCUAUCGCGUCGUAUUGUGCGAAAGAUUUGCUGCCAUUUAUUGGUGGCUAUGUAAAAUAUCAACUUGCAUACUGUACAAUUUCCACAUUUUUCAUACUACUCACCCUCAUCAUUUAUUUACUCGUAUGGAAAAAACAUGGAAUAAAUGGAUACAUGCAAUUUGCCUUUAUCUUAUCGGCAUUCUUCUAUUUUGCGAUGCGCCUGGCUCGACGGAGUUACGAAUUGGCGACGAAUCUGCACCCGAGAAGUAUUAUUCCUGAUCGGCUCGACACAUUCUUCACGAUUGGAAUGUUCGCUAAUUUAGUGAAUCUGAGUUUUCAUAUGUUUUAUACAUUUUGGAAUAUAACUCCGGAAACCGGGAUCAGAACGAGUGGACAAUUGAGACGACUUUUUUUCACGGUAUCGACCUGCUGGAUUGUCGCAGGGGUUACUGUUCUUUCAGAAUUGUUCAUCAAGGAUUACAAAAUAGUUCACGCCGUGCAAAAAUAUGUCGUCCUUGGCCUGCUGUCUCUGAACAUGGUUGUCGCGCUGGCCACCAUCGUGGUCAUUUUGAAGCAGUUGAACCACCGAAAACAGUUGAGGUCGUCGUCCUCAGGGUCUCCGGUCGAUUUCAAAUUGAUGGUGAAACUCUGCAUAAAACUGUUCUGUUUCACGGGUAUGAUUUGGGGGCUGAAAUUGUUCGAACAACUCUUGCGAAAUGCGUCCUUCGACCGAGGCUGGUUUUGGGAUAUGGUCCAAUUUCUCACUUAUAUGUACGGGAUCGUCCUCUUUUUCGUCUUUGUCGUGACGAAUGACAAAAUCACGAAGGCGUUGACGGAACGGUUUCCUGCCAUCCAGUCAUUGAAAAAAAGUACGAAAUCUCGGACACCAAAAGAACCUUCAACGACGCAUACACAGGUUCAUGAUGACAAAAAAAGUAGGGUGCAUCUCCUUCAAAAAUAAUCCGAAAAUAAGUUUCCGGUUUUACCUUUUUGAAAUUGUGUGUAAAAGUUGCUUUAAUGUAAUAAUAAUAAAGAAAUAUCUAAAAAAAAACA